GGUGAAAGCUUUUUCAUUUUAGCAUCUUGCGCUCAGGUUGGGAAAAGAUUUCGAGAUAUUUUGAGACGAGCAAGAGAUUUGAUAAUACCCACUUGAAAUUAUAUAUAAUGGGACAUUUCUUACAGACUAUUCUUGAUAAAGGAGAUCCCCGGAUGGCAAAAUGGCCCCUGAUGGACAACCCUAACAUUACCGUUAUUUUAAUCAUACUCUACUUGUCAUUUGUGAAGCUAGUAGGACCUCUUUACAUGAAAAAUCGAAAGCCCUUCAGUCUUCGAUAUCCUAUGAUCGUUUACAACCUCAUUAUGGUGGUAGUCAGUGCGUGGAUAUUCAUUAUGUUGGGAAGGUAUGGAUGGUUCACUAAAUAUAAUUGGAAAUGUGAGCCAAUUGUUUAUUCGUAUAAAAAAGAUCCCAUGCGAGUUGUUGAAGUCUGUUGGGUUUUCUAUAUUACGAAGUUUAUAGAGUUCGCAGACACGAUAUUUUUUAUUCUGAGAAAAAAAGAGAACCAAAUUACUCAACUGCAUGUCAUUCAUCAUGGCCUGGUACCGUUAACAAGCUGGUUUGGAAUUAGGUUUGGCGCAUCUGGUUAUACCACAAUUUUUGCUUUCUUGAAUUCUUUCGUUCAUAUUUGGAUGUAUUUAUACUAUGGAUUAUCCGCCUUUGGUCCUCAAGUUCAAAAAUAUUUGUGGUGGAAAAAGUAUCUCACUAUGCUCCAAAUGAUCCAAUUUUGCAUAGUAUUCGGAUUCAUGAUUCGAUUGAUUUUUGAUCCAGCUUGCGAGAUAUCUGCGCCUUUGCUAAUACUCAAUGUGGGUCAAGCUAUUUUGUUUUUUGUUCUUUUUCUUAACUUUUACCACGGCUCAUACUUGAGGAAGAAAGCCAUGCGGAAGAAUGGAGCUGCACAAUCCAAAGAAGUGUCAGGAGAAAGUCACAAUAUUUUGAACGGAAAUGACGAUGUUCGGUUGCGACGAAAAAUUCAAAAUAGUAGUUAAUGUCAAUGCUUUGAAUGUGUCUGAAUUAAUGUGUAUUUUGUAGCAUAUUUAAUAUCUAGUUUUGUCAUAAAUAUUUUUUAUUGUGCAUAAUUAGUGUGUCAUAAGUGAUUCGUCCUACCAAAUCUUUUUUGAGUCACUUAGUAGAUAACAAGCUGCGUAAAACAUGAAACAGAAUUGCUCUAGAUUAUAUUUUCCUGAAGUAAGGUAAAACACCAGUAGUGGCCAGUGCUUCAGUAAUGGUCACUUUAAGUUUACUUAUACAUUUUAAAGAAAGAAAUGAACAAUAAUAAUGUGGUCAGUGGCGCAAACAAGGGAGGGGAUCCAGGGGUUCCGAACACCAUAGAUUUGUUUUUUUCCCCGAUUGAUUACGACUCUGUGUAUUUUGUACGUAGAAUAAUUGCAAACAAAGAGAACGAUAAUUUCAGUUCUAAUAAGUGAAAAAAUAAAAUCCUCAUGUUUAAAGAUUUUUUUAAAUGUUGUGCACUUUUCCUAUAACGAAUUGCUUAUAAGAAGCAGAAUGGUGAUUUUAAAUGAAUAGUCUGCAGUAAACAUGUUUU